AUGUUAUCAUUAGAAAUAAGAAAAGUUAUAAAUUUAAUACAAAAGUCAUAUUCACAACCAUUAAUAUUACAGAGACUUUAUUUACAUUUAAGAGAUAUUUGUGGAACAUCAUUUACACCAUUAGAUAAUUUUAGUAGUUGGGAUAAGUUAAUUAUUUAUGGUGCAGUUGAUAAUAAAUUACCUAAUCAGGCCUUAGAAAUGAAAUUACUUAAAUUUCUAAAAGAAUUAAAGGAUAUUAAAUUAAGUCAAAGUGUUGAAUUAAAUAUAAUGAAACUUAAAUUAACAAUUAUAUGUUAUUAUAUGAUUAAUAGACCUAUAGAAUUAACUAAUCACAUUGUUAUGUUUAAUUUAGUAAGUAAUUACAUGGGAAUUGAUGAUUAUUUUGAUGGACUGAUAAUUAAAAUUGUAAAGAGAACAGUAUUAGCUAAUGUAUUUAAUUUAAAAAUGAAUAAAAAACUAACUAAUGAUUCAUUAACAAGAAUGAUUGAAAUAUUAUCUAAUAAAGAAUUAUCCACUGCUAAUUCAACACAAAUAUUGCCUUGUUUUAUUAAUUAUAAUCUUAAAGAGUAUAAAAUGAUAGAAAAUAUUCCAAUAUCAAAUGAUUUUCUUUGUAUAAAAUUUAUAGAAAACUUAUUUCUUUAUAUGAAAUAUGCACACGAUCCAACAAUAGUAGUUAAUGAAAUAAAAUUAGUUGAAUCACUAAUACUGCCUCUAAUGAAAUCAUUAAUGUCAUUUAAUUUAGGUAUUGAAUUCAACAAUGUUAAAUAUAGUGAAUUUAUAAAAGAUAAAACAAUAUUUAAAUUAAUUAAAGAAUCAUUUGAUAUGGAAAAUGAUAAAGAAAUAUUCGUAAAUGAAGUCACUGAAUAUUUAACAAAGCUUUAUAGUGAAUUUAAUAAAAAUUAA